AUGGGUAAAAAGCAAUCAAAGCAAAAUUCAUUGUCACUUGUUCUUCCUCCAAGCAAGUGUCCAGAUCAUAUUCAAAUUCCGAUAACUUUGGACGAUAGUAGUAGAUUUUCGUUUUUAGGAAAUCAUACGUUUUUGAUUCCAACAGUACAAUUGGAUGAUGUAUUGAGAAGAUUAGAAUGUACAAGCGAAUGGAUUCCAAUAGAAUUUGCUGUUAAUAAUUUGAAUGCCACAAAUCGUAUUGUUGCUUUUGGACAUUCAGAGAGUUUAGUUGUUAUUGUUACUGAUGAUUUCAAAGUGUUUUGUGCUGGAAAAUCAAGUGAGUUAAAUAAUACUGGAAAUAAUGCCACAUGGCGUGAUUUCAAAAAGAUUAAGAAUACUUUUACUGAGGUUAUUAAAUCAGUAUACUGUAUUAAAGAAAGUAUACUAUUUACUACUGUAGAUGGACAGGUAUAUGCCUACAGUAACUCAAAGACAGCUAAAUUAGGACUUGGAGAAGCUAUUGCAACAAUGGAGCCUGUCAAAGUUGAAAAGGCUGAUAUUUUCGAAAAAGGAUUAGCUGAGGAAAUUCCACUACCAAAAAUCAAAUCAAUUAGCUUUAGUGAAAACAUUACAGCUUUUAUUAGUGAAGAGGGAAAGGUAUUUGUUUGUGGUUAUGGAAGCGGUGAUAAAUGGAAAUUUCCAAUCAAAGAUGAAGAUGAAACACCAUUCAAACGUCUUGAUACACCAGCUCUUGUAAAAAGUUUACUUAAGAAUAAGGUUAUUAAGCAGGUAGCUUGUGGUUUUUAUCACAUGCUCUUCCUUACAGAUAAUGGAGAAUUAUAUGUUUGUGGUAAUAAUGAGUUUGGUCAACUUGGAAAUGGAAAAAAUGAAAAUGUUGAAGGUUGUGUAAAAAGAGUCAAAUUUGGAAUUGGUGUUAAGCAUAUUGCUGCAUCAAACAAUUUUUCAGUUAUUGUAACUGAAGAUAAUCAAAUUUAUAGAUUUGGAGAUUUGAGUUGGCAAGUGAAGAAUAACCCAACUACUUUCAAUUUACCAACUUUACUGACUGAAUAUACAGAAGUUGGAAAUCCUCCUGUUAAAUCAAUUUAUGCUGUACAAUCUGGAGUUGUAAUUCAAACUGAGAGUGACGAAAUUUACAUGAUUGGGCCACUUGAAGCAAAAUUAGGAUUUGAAGCCUUUAGAAAAUUAAGUAUUCUAAAAGGAGAUGGAGAAAUCUCAUUAUCCAUUACUAGCAAUUCAAUUGUGUGCGACUAUGAUUCAAACAAGAAAUAUAAAUUCUAA